AUGGGUAUCGACUUCACUUAUUUCAAGGGCUCCGGAAACGGAGAGCUGGUUGAGGCUGCUGGUCAUCGUGACCUGGGCCCUACCCAAGUUAGCGUCAAGAUCACUCACUGCGGUGUCUGUGGCACCGAUGAGCACUUCCGUCACGCGGAUCAGGGUCUGGGCCACGAAGGUAUUGGAACCAUUGUCGAGAUUGGGUCCUCUGUCGCGGAAAUGUCCGAGUUCAAAGUUGGAGACCGCGUUGGCAUGGGCUGGUUCCACAAGUUCUGUGGUCAUUGCAUCUUCUGCGUGUCAGGACGUCAAACUCUGUGCAUUCACCGCACAUCUUACGGUAGCGCGGAUCAGGACCAGGGAUGCUUUGGCUCCGCACUGGCUUGGGAUAUCUCGGCCCUCUAUAAGAUUCCUGACUCGAUCGCCUCUGAAGAUGCCGGUCCCUUGAUGUGCGGAGGAGCCACUGUCUGGACUCCUCUGUAUGACUCCGGCGUGAAGCCUGGUGACCGUGUCGGCAUCAUCGGUAUUGGUGGUCUGGGCCACAUGGCCAUUCAGUUCGCUUCCAAGAUGGGUCUUGAAGUGGUUGUCUUCUCAAGUACUGAGUCCAAGAAACAAGAGGCGGUUGGGUUUGGUGCUUCGGAAUUCCACGCUACCAAGGGUCGGGACUCUCUGCAGGGUGUCAAGCCCAUCGAUAUCCUUUUGAUUACUACCAGCGUGAACCCCAAGAUGUCCUUAUACUAUCCUAUCUUGGCAAACGGAGCAAAGAUCUACCCCUUGACCGUGAGCAUGGAGAACCUGGAUGGCGUUUCACCCAUGAACUUGAUCAACGGCAACUACAGCAUUAUCGGCUCCGGAGUUGCGGCGACUGCCAGCAUGAGAGCCAUGUUGGAUUUCGCCGCCAGACACAAGGUUCGCCCGCAGAUUGAGAAAUUCCCCAUGACCAUUACCGGUAUUACGGAUGCUAUGCAGAAGCUGCGUGAUGGUCAAAUGAGAUACCGCGGUGUCCUGGUGGCGCCCUAG